UAGUGAUCGACAAUCAGUUCAACCAUUUGUAUGACAAGUGUCGCCUGCCUCACACUAGAAGCACCGGUAAGACCCGGAACGGAUUGAGAGGUUACCGGACACGGACCAUGGAAGCGCAGAACCCAUCACAGGGCUUCACGCGCGCUUAUCUGACGCCCUGAAUUAAACCGAAGGCGGUCACGUGAUCGACGGCCAGCCUGAGCUGGACCCGUAACCCACACUUGUGUAGGCGCGCGCGCAGCAUGGGCUCCCUCCGUCGUCUCCAUCGCCUCCUCCUCCUCCAGGUGCCACCGCGCCCCCGCGCCGCUUCCCCGCCGAUCGCCCGCAGCUACAGCCUGGACGUCCCGGCGGAGCUGCUCCGCACGCAGGGCUUCAUCGACGGGCGCUGGGUGUCCGCCGCGGCCUCCUUCCCCGUGCUCGACCCGGCCAGCGGGCAGCAGCUGGUGGAGGUGGCCGACUGCGGGCGGCGCGAAGCGCGCGCCGCCGUGGGUGCGGCGCACGCGGCUUUCCACGCGUGGAAGCGGCACACGGCCAAGGAAAGAAGUGUCCUCCUGCGGAGAUGGUACGAACUGCUAGUGCAGCACAGCGAGGACCUGGCCAAGCUCAUCACGGCCGAGUGUGGUAAGCCCAUGAAGGAGUCCCGUAGCGAAAUUGCAUACUCAGCCUCCUUCCUGGAGUGGUUCUCAGAAGAGGCCCGCCGCGUGUACGGAGACAUCGUCCCCUCCCCCCUCAAGGACCGGAAGAUUCUGCUGCUCAAGCAGCCUGUGGGCGUGGCCUCCAUCAUCACCCCGUGGAACUUCCCCAGCGCCAUGAUCACCAGGAAGGUGGGCGCUGCCCUGGCCGCCGGCUGUACUGUCGUGGUGAAGCCGGCCGAGGACACGCCCCUCUCCGCCCUGGCUCUGGCUGAGCUGGCGACCCGGGCUGGGAUCCCCGCGGGCGUUUUUAACGUGGUGCCGUGUUCCAGGGAGCGCACUCCUGCUGUCGGAGAAGUCCUCUGCACGGACCCUCUGGUGAGCAAGGUCUCCUUCACCGGCUCCACGGCCACCGGAAAGAUCCUGCUGAAGCACGCCGCAGACACCGUGAAGAAGGUCUCCAUGGAGCUGGGUGGCCACGCCCCCUUCAUCGUCUUCGACAGCGCUGACGUAGACAAGGCCGUGGCAGGAGCCAUGGCUUCCAAGUUCAGGAACUCGGGCCAGACGUGCGUGUGUUCCAACCGCUUCCUGGUGCAGAGUGGGAUCUACAAGCGCUUCAUCGAGAGGCUGGCGAAGGUUAUGGACGCAGAGCUACGGCUGGGACACGGGUUCGAGCCCACAACCACGCAAGGUCCCCUCAUCAACGUCCGGGCCGCUGAAAAGGUGGAGCACCAGAUCGCCGAUGCUGUGGCCCACGGGGCGACCGUGGUCCGUGGGGGGCAGCGGCUGGAGGGCUCCUUCGUGCAGCCCACCCUCCUCGCCAACGUCACCACGGAGAUGCUCUGCACACAGGAGGAAACGUUCGGACCCCUAGUUCCCGUCCUCAAAUUCAACACGGAGGAGGAGGCUCUCGCCAUCGCCAACGCCUCCCAUGUGGGCUUGGCAGGGUACUUCUUCUCCCAGGAUGUCAGCCAGAUCUGGCGCGUAGCGGAGCAGCUGGAGGUGGGCAUGGUGGGGGUCAACGAGGGCCUGCUCUCCACCUCCGAAGCCGCCUUCGGGGGUAUGAAGCAGUCCGGCCUGGGCACGGAGGGCUCCAAGUACGGCAUCGAGGAGUACCUGGAUAUCAAAUACAUGUGCUUUGGAGGGCUGACCCUUUGAACGACCACCGGGGGCAGCGUUGCGGUGGUGGGUGGGACAUUGGGUGGGGGGGGAGGGGACUGGCUUCAGAUGUUUUUCCCUCCCUUAUGGUUCAGCCCUCGUGGUUUUUCACAAACCAUUCAAUCGUAAAUGCACAGCAGUUUGAAAGGAGUCUUUCUUCCAUGUUCCUGCAACUAAUUCGGAAUUAAUGGUGGCUUUUUAUGGCCAGCGGUGACAGCAUGGACCUUAAACACCAUGACAGUCAGUGCCACCUUAACUAGGUUCCUGACUAGGGCUGUAGCUAGGAAUUCUGCUCCCUCUGAAAGAAUAUUUCUUGGGUCCCCCCUUGCAAAUAAAAGGAACUUCACAGACAUCCUGGAAAAAAAAAAAAAAAAAAAAUACUCCGGAGGGGGUGUCCCUACCAUGAAAAACUUGGGCAAAUUAUGAAUACUUGCAGGAGGAGGCAGUGAUUUCCGGAAAACUUUGGGAACUCCAAGGAAAUUUGGGAUGUCUGUGUCGAAUUGCAACCCCCAUUCACUCCGCUAGCCGUUUUCCUCACACACACCUGCACUGACAUCCAACCAGUUUAUCGAAGCGCGCCGAGGUUCCGGGGCUCGUUGAGGAAAUGACACACAAUGGAAAUGAUAAUGCGAAUAUGAAGUAAGCAUUGACAGGUACGGCCUCCCUUUGCCUUGGGAACAGCCUCAGUCAAUUCAACUUCGUGUAACUUGGGGUUAAGGUUAGGGGUUAGGGUUAGGGUGAACCUCAGCCACUCAGCUUCCUUUUACAGCUGCCUUUGUAUUUGGUUUAUUUACUCAAGUCUGAGAUUUUUUUCAUGUCAUGUUUUCACUAAUUUGUCCACCCUCUAUGUGUUAUGAAGAGAAAGUCCAGCCGUAGUGAAAUAUGUUUCAGAAUUUUUUUUUUGUCCUUCGCUCUACUGAUUACAAAGACAUGUGAGCAACAGAUUUGUACCUUUUUCUAAGGUAAAUCAGUGUUAGAAAACUAGAUCCCUCACCUACAAGAUGCUGCUGAUCAGGGUCAUCGUGUUUGUCUUAAGUGCAGUUUACUCUCGCUGUCCAUUUAAUGGUCCCAGAAACCUCAUCAGCAUGCAGAGAAAAACACUAAUUAGUGAUGUGCUAAUUGAAAAGUUGAUAUAUUCAUAAAAUAGAUGUUUCACUAUGUGAUUUACAUGUUUGUACUGAUUUAUGAUGAAUGCCUGUGUAUGACCGGUUAACCUCGACCCUUCGCUGGUUAUAGUGGAUAUAUUUUCCUGUUGAUCAUUUUUUUUAAAUGUAGUACAUCUUGGAUUUACAUGAAUUUUGUGAGAUCGAGUUUCUAUUUUACUGUGAUUGACCACGGGGAAGACGCACGCAGAGCCAUGCCGACGCGGAGCACGGUGUCUGCCGUCUGGUUCUCUGGAAGUCCUGUAAGUGCCAUAUGAGUUCUUCUGUUUUAAAAUAAAAAGUUAAUAUAAAUAAAGUGAAUU